AGGCGUUGCGUGCGUCGUCAUCACGCACGGGGCAGGUUGGGCUCCGACGUAGGAGGACUAAGGAGGACUAAAGGGUGACGAUCGUAAUCAUUGCUAAAAUAAAAAAUAAGACGCGUUGUCACGGGUGGAGUGUUCCGCGAGUGGACGCGAUGCCCACGUGACCGCGGGUGCGGGAAGAGAAGCGGCACGUGAAGGUGGACUUCACGGUCGACGUCCAUCGCCGCCUUUGCUGCAGUUUGAGCGAUCGAUGGAUGUCGUCCACGUCGCGCUGACGAGCAGGUGAUGCUUCGCCCGGCAGGACGCGCCAGUGGGGCGUCGUGUCCGAGACGUGAGCGCCGCACGUGUCCCGCUUUGUGAUGAUCGAGCGCGUGCGGCCCGCAGCGCGUCUUGCCGCAAUGCCGACGGGAGGGAGCGCGUGGAGGCACGGCGGCGGACAGCCAGCAGCGUCGUGGGAAGAAGAAGACAAGUAGGACCGUCAUGGCGGGCCGAUGAGGCGGACUGUCCGUGCAGGGCCGCCUUCUCAACCUCAGCUCCUACCAAAGUGGAAGCGCACCUGAACUUGUCCACGCAUCAUCAUCAUCAUCACCAUCAUCAUCAUCAUCACCAUCAUCAUCAUCAUCAUCAUCAUGCCCUCGCCGUCCGACUCCAGCAGCGUGGCGUCCGCCUCGGGGUCCCGCGGCUGGUCGGACAGCCGGCGGGGCAUCUCGGGUCGAGGCCCCGGAGGCGCCCGCCUGCUUCUGUACCUGGGUCUGUGCCACCUGGGCCUAGGGGCCAUGGUCCUGGCCUUCUCCUUCACCAGCAUGGCCUUCACCUCGUCUGCUCGGGUCAGGCAGUCCUGUCCCUUCUGGGCCGGCUUUUUUGUGGUGGCAUCGGGGAUUGUUGGCAUUAUUUCGUGGAGAAGACCUUUAACAUUGGUGGUGUCUCUGUUCAUGCUGCUGUCCGCAGUGUGCGUGAUCCUCAGCCUGGCGGGCUCCAUGUUGUCCUGUCAGAACGCGCAGAUGGUCAAGUCCAUGCUCACCUGCCAGGCGGAAAACGGCCGCUGCGUGUGCUGCGCGCCCACCGAGUCCUGCUCCAGCAAAGAAGACGGAACCCUGGUACUGAACCUCAACUCCGACUGCCACUCAGUUCGACACCAACUAAAGGACUUGUUGUUUAGCGCGUGCGGUCUCAGCAUCCUGUCCACCGUCAUCUGUACUCUGUCCACGGUCACCUGCAGCAUCCACAUCUUCUCCUUGGACCUGGUGCACCUGUUGGUGCCGCAUCGCUCUCGCUCCGUCAACCCAGAAUGCACCACGCCUCAGGACGCCUUCCUGACCAACAUCAUGGACUUCGAGGAGUUUGUGCCGCCUAUUCCUCCGCCUCCUUAUUAUCCUCCGGAGUACACCUGCAGCUCCGAGACAGACGCUCAGAGUAUCACUUACAACGGCUCCAUGGAGAGCCCAGUUCCCCUGUACCCGACUGACUGUCCUCCUCCGUACGAGGCUGUGAUGGGACAAAGGGCGGCCAGCCAGGUAACAAUGUUUGACCACCACGGUGCUGAGCUAUCGGGAGAAAGGGGAACGUCCACAGCGUUCAGUGGAGAAGUCUCCAUGGAUAGUGGAUCUUUGCUAAUGUCUGAGAUCGUGGACAUCCCAGAUGAUUCGUCCCCGUCCGAGGACUCGUGUCUGCUGGAGGUGGGGCUGAGAAACCAUGGAGGCAGAACGAGCAGGGCGGCCAGCGAGCUGAGCGACGGGGGAGAGGGAGGCGGGGAGCGCCCCAGCCUGCGCUGUCCCCACUCUCAGACGCCAGAGAGCCCCUUGGCCGGGGGACCCAGAGCCCGGCGCUUUCUCCGAGGCGAGAGGUCCAACUCUUGCUCUUCGCCGAGCACUGCGACCCCCACGUACAGGUCUCCGGUGUUACGGCGCCAGGCCACGUUGGCUCGAAGCUGUUCUCAGCUGGAAGCGAUAGGGGGCUCCACUUCACAACCGCGCUGCUCCAUCCCAGACAUUCGGGUUCGACCCUCUACUCCUUUGCACCAAGUCGCUGCCCGUGACCCGUCCGCUCCCUGUGCGGGUCAGAAUAGCGGGCCGCCGGCGCAGCGUUUGCCCUUGUACCUGCGACGACGAGCUGCGAGGAAGGAUGGCAGAAGCCUUGUAAGGUCACACAGCGAACCCGACCUCAGUUCCUCUUACACAGCUGACUUUGUCUUUGGAUGCAGUAAGGCUUACCCAGAUACAGGUCCAUUCACUGAGGCGUCUCUGUUGCCUUGCACGCCCUCGCCGCCUGCUGACGCUCUGCCAAGAAAAGACGGCAUGAACUCCACAGCUACGGGCGUGCAGGUUCCCUUUAAAGUGCCGCCCGUGUCCCCGCUGCGUUUACCCAAAGAAUGCCACCGUUCUCUUGGAGACCUCAAGGUGACUCGAGGCCUGGUGGCUCGCUUUCUGCAGCGCUCCAAACGCAACCUGGCGCCCUCUUCUGAGCUCACUGGGAGCGCGGGGCAGGUGCCUAAAAGACGGGGAGGGUCCGAGGGCUCCGCCACCACCCAUCUGCCUAUGGAGGUGUGGCGGACGCCUUGGAGCGUCAGCCGAGGAUCGGCCAACAACCAGCACCUUCAUCCCCGCGCUCACCGCCACUCCCACAGCGACGGCCGACACGGCGUGCAGGCCCCGGAAGGGAUGCACCUGCGCAGCUGUGGGGAUUUAAGCUCCUCCUCCUCGCUAUCUUUACGUCGGCUGGUGUCGCCGCACCUGCUGCGUGGCUCAUCGGGAGUGCUCUACUCGGAGUCUGCGCUUUGAGAAGGGUUGGCGGUGUUGGGAUACUAUCAGUUCUGGUAUGGUCUUGCAGUGGUGAUGUUCUGGAGUGAAAUUACCGCCUAAACUCCACUAACACACAAAAAAGUUUUUACCCACGCCCAAUGAUUCGCAAGUUAAAAAAAAUAACAUUUUUGCAAAUAAAAAAAUAUAUUUUCUGCAAGUAAAAAAAUAAAUAAUUCACAAGUGUAAAAAACUAUUUUCUCCAAUUAAAAAAUGAUUCUAAAGUUUAAAAACAAUUUUCUGUAAUUAAAAAAAAUUAUUCGCAAGUAUAAACAAUUUUCUGCAAGUAAAAACUUAAAUUAAAACAAUUUAACUAAUUGCACGUAAAACGUAAAAAAAAAGAUACGCAAGCAUGUAAACAAUUGGCAAGAAUAAAAAUUUAAAAAUUCAAAUAAAGAACACGAAUCGCAAGUAAAAAAAACUUUUUUCUGCAAGUAAGAACUUAAACUAAAAAAUGUAAACGAUUCCAAGUAAAAAAAAAAGUGACUAAAAAAACGAUUCACUAGUAAUAAAAAAAAAGACAUUCUGCAGGUGGAAUGAUUUGCAAGUACAUAACAAUUUGCAAUUUUAAUAAAAAGAUUCAAAACUUUAAAAACAAUUUCCUGCAAAUAAAAAGAUGAUUCGCAAGUAAAAAAAAACAACAAUUUGCUGCAAGUAUGAAAACAAUUCACAAGCAUUAAUACUAUUUUCUUCAAAUAAAAAAAAUGAAUCGCAGGUACAAACAAACAAUUUUCUUCAAGUAAAAACUUAAAUAAAAAAAUUAAAUGAUUCACAAGUAAAAAAAAAAGAUAUGCAAGUCUGAAAGCAAUUGGCAAGAAUUUUUAAAAAAAAUUCUAAUAAAAAACACGAAUCACAAGUAAAAAGACAAUUUUUUCUGCAAGUAAGAACUUAAACUAAAAAAUGUAAACGAUUCCAAGUUAAAAAAAUUAAUACAUUUGAUUAAAAAAACGAUUCACAAGUAAUUUUAAAAAAAAGACGUUCUGCAAGUAGAAUGAUUUGCAAGUACAUAACAAUUUGCAAUUUUAAUACAAAGAUGAAAAAGUUUUAAAACAAUUUUCUGCAAAUAAAAAAAUUACUGUAAAUUAUAAAAACAAUUUUCUUCAAUUAAAAAGAUGAUUCGCAAGUAAAAAAAAAUAAAAAUUCUCUGCAAGUAUGAAAACAAUUCACAAGCAUUAAUACUAUUUUCUUCAAAUAAAAAAACGAAUGGCAAGUAAAAACAAAUAAUUUUCUGUAAGUAAAAACUUAAAUUAAAAAAUGUUACAAUUCGCAAGUAAAACACUUUUUUUUUCAGUAAAAAAAUGAUUCGCAAGUAUAAAAAAAAAAUUCUGCAAGUAUAAAAACCAUUAGCAAGAAUAAAUACUAUUUUCUUAGGAUCAAAAAACUAAUUGCCAGUAAUGAAAAACAAUUUACUGCAAGUAAAGACUUCAUUAUAAAAUUAAAACAAUUCAGAGUUAUAAAAAAAAAAAUAUUUAAUUAAAAAAACACUCGAAAGUACAAAAACUAUUUUCUUCAAUAAAAAAAAUGUUCGCAAGUAAAAAAAAAAACAUUUUCUGCAAGUAAAAAAUUUUUUGCGAGUAUAAAAACUUUUUUCUGCAAGUAAAACGAUUUGCAAGUAAAACAAAAAAAAGAUUCUACAUUUUAUCAACAAUUUUCUUCAAUUAAAAAAACUUCAAAAGUAUUAAAAUUAUUUUCUGCAUGUGAGAAAAAAGAUUUGCAAGUAAAAAAAAAAGAUUUACUGGUAAAAAAAAAAAACACUUCUGCAAUAAAAAAAAAGAUUCACAAGUAUGAAAAGUAUUUUCUGCAAUUAAAAAAAAGAUUCACAAGUAUAAAAAACAAUUUUCUUCAAUUAAAAAAAGAUUUGCAAGUUUGAAAAAAACAACAAAAAGUGAUUCGCAAGUAUAAAAUAAAUGUUCUUCAAAAUAAAAGCUUUUGGCAGUAAUAUUCCACCCUGGGCGAUCCACACUCUUGCCCUGAGAGCACCUGUAGUUGGCACUCCACAAUGUGCGGCUGAGUCAAUUUAAGGCUGUCAAAGCUAGCGCAUGGUGCCGUCCGCCAAAAAUAACAAAAAAUAAUUAUUGCAUGGCGGGGAAUAAAAUGGCAGCACCACCUGUCGUUGUAGAGUGUCAUUUACGGGUGCUCUCAGUGCAAGUGGCAGGGUGCAAUAUUACUGCCAUAAGUUUUAACUUGUAGAAAAAAAAAAAUUUUUUAUUGCGAAUUGUUAAGCGUGAGUAAAAACAUGUUUGUGGAGUUUUGCCUGUCAUUCCCCACCACAUGCUGCAGAUCGGUGUGACUUUUACCGCGCAACGCUGGCCUGAUGGAAACACUGAGUGGACCUUCAAGCGAAGACAAUUACUCAACAUAAUAAUGCAUCGCAAUAUCCUACUGGCCCUUUUGUACAUUGGGUUGGAUGUUAACCACAAACAAAAACAUGUUUUUGUCUUCCAUUUAAACAGGAAAAAAAAAGACCA